AUCCUACCUAUCAAUUAACAAACACAAAGAUGGUGUCCUUGACACUGGUUUCCAGGUAGCGCUUAGCAUAACUACAAAAUAUCACAUACAUAGUUACACACACAAUUUAAUGUAUUUAGCGACUACUUAAAAUACAUACAUUUAAAAACACAUAGCUACCUGCCCGUUGAGGCAGAGAAAGCAACCUAAGCAACAGCAUAAACAAGCCAUAAGCCUCCUCCCACUUUAGAGCGCAUACUUAUUUAGUAAGUGUCUGCAGCUAAUUCUUAGUUAAGCUAUUCUACACAUAGCUGAUUUACUACACAGCAAACACAUCGUCAUUUGGGGUGUAAAGCGUCUCUUAAUCCAACGUGUCAACAUAACCUCAACAACGCACUUCAUCUCAACAAGAGUCAACAACAACACUUCAUAAUGAUUUCACGUCGCGAUAAGCUUUUGAAUUUGCCCUGGGCUCAACAACGUUACGAACAUCAUCGAGCCAAUCUUCGUUCAGCCAAACCAGCCAUCGAUAUGCGUACGCCACCAAUUUAUUCUCAUGUCAUACUCAAGCCGAAGAAGGUGCAAAACGAGAGGGAGCGUCUGCAACGCAUUGAAGUUGAGAAUGUGCGCCUCUUGCAGAAAUUAGGUGAUAUUAUGAAGACCAAGCGUAUGUCGGAUUUGUGGUUGGCCCCACGACCCAAUUUUUUAAACCGCGAAAAAUUAUUUGAAACACGCCCAUAUUCGAGUCUACCGAAACUGAUUACCAUAUAUGGACCAACAUCUCCAGAACUUGAAACGAAACCACCAAGUGUUUUGAAGUCACCGAAUUCGAAAUUAGCGCGACGAUGCCCAACUUGUAGUGACAGACCCGAGCGUACGCAAGUGGCCAUUCCGGAAAAACGUAUCCCUUGGGAGGUGCCACGUGUCUCACGAAAUAUGCAAACUGAGAAGAAUUGUACAACGAAACGUUGCUUGCAUUGUGGCCACCCUAAGAAAGCGGUUGAAAUGAAGACGGAAUCAAAGGUGGAAAAUUAAUAAAAUUUUUAUAAAAAGAUUUAUAGAAGACAAAAAGCAAAUUGAGCUAAGAACGAACGAGCGGUUUUGAGAGAGGUUUCAGUCAAAAAUAUAUUUCAAAUUUGAAAUGAAAGAAAUUAAAUAAUUUCGAAAAGCAACUGAGGUUCAUUAAAUUAAAUAAAUCACCAAUAAAAUAACACAAUUUUGUAAAAUUUUAAGUUAUGAACUUCUAUUGUUAAAAUCUAACGUUCAAAAUUACUUAAAGAGCGUUUAGGUGCAUAAGUAAUUGCCAACCUGCCAAGUGAUUCAUCAUCGCCGGUGCGAUCCCAAUCAUACAGUUUAAACACCAAGAAGGUAUGUUGCGUCACCUCAACCACAGCCUGCGUUUUCGGGUGAAUGGGGAGAUGGAGUGGUUGUAAUUACGGUUCGUAGCAUAAUUUAGCAAUGUUGAAGAGAACAAGAGAGAAAUAAGAGAGAGAGAAGGAUAUACAAGAAAAAAAAACGAAAUAACAAACAACUUUUGAUAUAUUUGCCUCAAUUGCUUUUACACUUUCUAAACACAAUAUUGCAUGUAUUGUUAUACACAAUUACCGUUAUAUAUAUUAUGAACAAUAUUUGCAUAAUUGCUAUACCAACUCCUACUACUAGUGACGCACAUAAACAUAAUUAAAUUAGUAUAAAAAAGAUUUCUCGAAUAAGUUUAACAAGCAAAGAACUCUACCAAAAAUUAAAGAGUGUGUUACUAUAAUACUUUCAUUACUUUGACUACUGUGGACAAACGAACGUGUGCUUGGAUAAAUGACGAAGUUGUUUUUUGUUUACUUAAAUAUACUAACUCAUGCAGUCUCGGGUUUCAGCUGACACACAGAAAGGGUCGGAUGUCAUGCUAAAUAUUAUAUGUAGGUGUUUGCUAGAUAAAUGUGGACUGUGUUUAUGUGGAUACAGGCUAUUGGUGGAAGAGUACAUUUUUAGCUUAGUCAAAAAACAUGCUUUGAUCAGCCUCAAGAGAUUUACCCUCCACGACCCCAGACCACUCUUAAGAAUGUGUACUUCUGUAAAUUUGUCUACUAAAGGCGUGCUUAAUGGAGUUUGGAUAGCUUACGCUGAAAAUUCGUUAACCUUAUGUAUUAUAUAGAUAUGUAUAUAGUCGUGUUAUGUACCUACAUUUUCUAUGACUUCUCUUUCGAAAAAUAUCGCAUUGCUCAAAAAUUGAGUAAAUCUGUCUGUCUACUUUAAUAUAUACGUGUACAUAUGUCAACCUUACUAAUUAAAGGCAGAACACUCUAAUAUAUUUGGCAAGAUCGUGAUCUUAGUCUUGAUUCAAGUUACGCUUCCACUAAUUUCCAAAAUUGAGAUGGAACUUCAGGAACUUUCACUUUUUGAGUUUAUGUAUCUAAGUUCCAAACCAAAAUUGACAUAUUAACUGAUAUGUGAGUAUAAUUUAUAGCGUUUCAAAAGACACUGCCUGAGCACCCUGCAGUUGAUCUUACGUAGCCAGUAUAAGGGCAAGAGAGUGUUGACGCACAAGUUUUUGUUGGAAAGGUUCCUUUUGAAUUACUAAACGCCGAUAAAUAUGGCAUGAUCUCUUACCACAUGACUUAUAACAAAUAUUUAUUAGAAUAAUAACAGAAUAAAACAUGGUUAGGUUUAAAAAAGCAAUAAUAAGGUAAGUAAUGAAAACGUAAUAAAACUUUGCGUAAUAAGCAGCUCUAUACAAAAAUUAGUUAGUAAGGAAUAUGUAGCUAUUUUGGAACUAAGAAAAUAAGAAACACUGCGAACGAAAUCAAAUUAAAUCAAUAAAGGGGUAACAAAAGAAACUUAAACAACACAAAACAAAAUUCCAUUAAAGGCGAUUAGCGAACCUGCCCAGAAAAUCAUCGUUCGGACUACCGGGAAUAUCUGAAU